AUGUCUUCGGUGUAUAAUUUAAUUGUUAGUCAGAAAACUUGGAGUGGGGAUCAAUUGGCUAUUCAUCUUUUUGCAUACAAGGAACUGUUAAGCCUUGUUAAGGAAUUAGACAUGAGUCAAAUUGAUGAAAUUAUGGAUGUCACCAGCAUAUGUCUGAAAAAGGAAAAUGAGUUACCUUCGCUCGAUUUAUUGCGAGUUAGCGCUGAACUAUUAUCUCUUAUUGAAGGAAAGGCUGGAGUAUUUAUUGGCAAGAAAUUGAUACAAAAGAACUGGUCAAUUAAUUUUCGUAUAGUUAUCAGGCGCUUGUUACAGACUCCAGCAAUUGCACAAGCUACACCCAGUACAUCAAAGGAAGCAUUUCCUGGUCAGUAUUUACCAGUAUUAUUUGAGCUGUCAGAUGAAUUAGUUUCCCUUAUUGGUAGUAAUUGGUUUGAAAGCGAUCCGGAUUUUUUGUUAUUGUUAUCUGCUAUGUCUUCUAUACGGUUGCGAGAAGUCUUCCAUAAACAGACAUCUAUUAAAGAAGCAUUCGUUCAUGGACGACUUCACUGUCAUUUUGCGCGAUGCGGUGAAUACGACAACAUUUUACCGGAUGACAGAGCAACAUUACUGUGUAGAACAUUGCGAGAAUCUGCAAUUUACACAUGCGAAUAUUAUCAUAACUCUGAAGAAAAUUCAGAUGAUUGGAAGAAAGUGAUAAUAUCAACAUUUCAAUUUCUUUGUAUAUACAUAGAUUUUGGAGGACUGGUUACAUUACCUUCAGAGUAUACGAAAAACCUUGGAGAAGUACUUCUGCGUCUUGCAGUGAGUUGCUGCGAAAUUUCGUUAGUUCCGUUGGAAUGUCUAGCUAAAGUGAUAUGUGAGUUACCAUUUUUACCCAGUACAACGCUGGACACGAUUACGGACGCUUUGCGACAGUGUAAUAACAAAACGAAUGAAGAAGAUGUAGUCCGAAUACUGGAUACUUUGCAUGUGCAGCUGCAGGGAAGUGUUCCGAGAGGAAAGUGGUGCCCAGCAAUCAGUUUACAUAGGGUAGCUGAACUUUUGCAGCAAAUAAAAUCAGGGCAAGAAUAUGCCAAGCAGUAG